AUGGCAGAGAUGUCUACUACAUCGACACUACCUGAACGGCUACAACUCCAUGGGUCUGAUCACCCAGGAAUGGUGCUAGUGAGUGCGCCUCUCAAUGGAAACAAUUACCUCAAUUGGAGCUUCGGAGUCAAACGUGCAUUGCGUGCAAAGAUGAAACUCGGUUUCAUCGACGGAACAUCUGUAAAACCUAAUGCAAAUGAUCCUCAUUUUGAACAAUGGAUUAGGGUGGAUAAUAUGGUUACCACCUGGAUUUUAAAUUCGAUAUCCAAGGACAUAGUAGAAGCAUUUAUGUACACAAAAUCUUCGAGAAAUCUAUGGCAAGAUCUUGAACAAUGCUAUAGUGAAUGCAACGGACCGCAAAUGUAUCAACUUCAGAGAGAAAUCAGUUCUAUGCUACAAGGGAACUCCUCGCUUUCGACGUACUUCACAAACAUGAAAAGAUUAUGGGAUGAGAUGGCAGAACUAAAACCAACGCCACAGUACACCUGCAAUGGCUGCAAAUGCGGCACCUGGAAGGCUGUUCCAGACUCUGCAGCCUUUACACAACUAAUGCAAUUUUUCAUGGGCCUUAACGAUGCAUUCGUUAAUGUGCGACAUCAACUUCUAGUUAUGGAUCCAGUUCUUUCGAUUAAUCGAGCGUAUUCCAUGGUUCAAAGUGUAGAGAAGCAGAAACAAAUUCAAAUGAAAAUAGCGGAUACCACUGAACACACAAUACUCCAUGUCAGGGGUGAUGGAAAAUCUGAUAGAAGGCGGAACGUGGCAGAUAGACGAAUCCAAUAUUGUACACAUUGUCAGAGAAAUGGACACAACAGAGACUCAUGCUUUAAACUCCACGGAACACCGGAUUGGUAG